AUGGAAAGAGCUGGAAUGGAGAAGAUUGGAGAUGGUGGUAUCAUCAAAAAUAACGGCUGCAGAGACAGUGAGGAUUCGCUGGUGGUCACCCACCCAACUACUAACUCACCGGCGUGUGGCUUGAGUACGGCUGAGCGGACGGGAAGCCCUAUUUUCCACACCCUAUGGUCGUAUGACUAUAUUAUGAGUGUAUAUAAGACAUUGGAGGGUGCAAACCAGAAGGUUAGGGUGAGCUCUGCCCGCAAAUCACGUUAUAACCCUAACCUUUUUAACUAUAUCUUAGGUGAGGAUUCGCUGGUGGUCACCCACCCAACUACUAACUCACCGGCGUGUGGCUUAAGUACGGCUGAGCGGACGGGAAGCCCUGUUUUCCACACCCUAUGGUCCGGGAAAGUAAGCUAUAACAUCCGUCAAUUCUGGAAGCUGGGAAAGGUUCCGAAGGCUCGGCCAGCGAAACAUGAUUGGUCUCACCGCACGUUAUGA